CGCCUGGGGGUCCGGCGCCCGCCGCUCCGCCUGGGGGCCCGAGACCUGUCGCUCCGCCUGGGGGUCCGGCGCCCGCCGCUCAGCCUGGGGGCCCGAUGCCUGUCGCCCCUCCUGGGGGCCGGCGCCCGCCGCUCCGCUUGGGGGCCCGAUGCCUGUCGCCCCGCCGGGGGGCCCGGUGCCUGUCGCCCCGCCUGGGGGCCGGUGCCUGUCGCCCCGCCUGGGGGCCCGGUGCCUGCUGCUCCGCCUGGUGGCCCGCUGCCUGCUGCUCCGCCUGGUGGCCCGCUGCCUGCUGCUCCGCCCGGUGGCCCGGUGCCUGCUGCUCGCCCGGUGGCCCGGUGCCUGCUGCUCCCGCCCUCCAGCCCGAUGUGCCUCUGCCCGGAGUCCAGCCCGAUGUGCCUCUGCCCGGAGUCCAGCCCGAUGUGCCUCUGCCCGGAGUCC